AUGGCAUCUAUUACUUUUAGAACUCCAUUAUCCUCUCAGGAACAAGCCUUUUAUAAUCAGAAAUUUCACCAAUUGGAUACGGAAGAUCUCGGGGUGGUCACUGGCGAGGCAGUCAGACCGCUCUUCGCGUCUUCUGGUCUUCCAGGGCAAUUACUAUCGCAAGUGUGGGCUACCGUCGAUAUAGACAAUAAAGGGUUUUUGAACUUGAACGAGUUUUCGGCUGCUUUGAGAAUGAUCGCUCAAUUGCAAAAUGCUCCCAACCAACCAAUUUCCGCUGCCCUAUAUGAGAGCACACCUACUCAACUGGCUUCUUUUUCUAUAAAUCAGAACCCAGCCCCUAUGCAAAGCGGUAGUGCAACCGGCAAUACAAACAACACUGAUAUUCCUGCCUUAUCCUCAAAUGAUAUUGCUAAAUUUUCACAACUGUUUGAUAGGACAGCAAAGGGUGCUCAAACUGUUGCUGGUGAUAAAGCCAAGGAUAUAUUUUUAAAGGCAAGAUUACCAAAUCAAACUUUAGGUGAAAUUUGGGCUCUUUGUGAUAGAGACGCAUCCGGUGUCUUAGACAAAUCUGAGUUUAUAAUGGCCAUGUAUUUGAUCCAACUAUGUAUGUCUCAUCAUCCUAGUAUGAACACACCACCGGCCGUGUUGCCUACUCAGCUGUGGGAUUCUAUUCGUUUAGAACCUGUUGUUGUUAAUCAACCAAACAGGACUACUCCUUUGAGUGCUAACUCCACUGGCGUAUCUUCACUAACAAGACACUCUACUAUAUCACGUCUAUCUACUGGUGCAUUCAGUAAUGCUGCUUCAGAUUGGUCUUUAAGUUUUGAAAAAAAACAACAGUUUGAUGCAAUUUUUGAUUCAUUAGAUAAGCAACAUGCUGGUUCGCUAAGCUCUGCUGUGUUGGUUCCAUUCUUCUUAUCCUCUAGAUUAAACCAAGAGACGUUAGCCACCAUCUGGGACUUAGCUGACAUCCACAACAAUGCUGAAUUCACCAAAUUGGAAUUUGCUAUUGCCAUGUUCUUAAUUCAAAAAAAGAAUGCUGGUGUCGAAUUACCGGAUGUUAUCCCCAAUGAAUUAUUACAGUCCCCCGCUUUAGGACUUUAUCCGCCAAACCCACUUCCUCAACAACAAAGUGCACCUCAAAUUGCCAUCCCCUCAAGAGCAAGUAAGCCUUCUUUACAGGAUAUGCCACACCAAGUUUCUGCCCCAGCAGUUAAUACUCAACCAACAGUUCCACAAGUUCUUCCUCAAAACUCAAAUAACGGUUCUUUGAAUGAUUUACUGGCUUUGAACCCUUCAUUCAGCUCUCCUUCUCCCACUAAAGCACAAACUGUGGUUCAAAACAACACAAAUAAUAGUUUUUCAUAUGAUAAUAACAAUGGCCAAGCAACAUUACAACAACAACAGCCACAGCAGCCUCCACCUUUAACUCACUCCUCCUCUGGAUUGAAGAAAUUUACUCCCACCUCAAACUUCGGUCAAAGUAUAAUCAAGGAAGAACCAGAGGAACAAGAGCAACUAAGGGAAUCCAGUGAUACUUUUAGCGCUCAGCCUCCGCCAGUUCCAAAACAUGCUUCAAGUCCAGUCAAACGUACAGCUUCAACAACACUGCCACAAGUUCCCAACUUUUCUGUGUUUAGCAUGCCAGCAGGCGCUGCCACUAGCGCUGCCACUGGUGCUGCUGUAGGCGCCGCAGUGGGUGCUGCUGCUUUAGGCGCAUCCGCUUUUUCAAGAUCUUCCAAUAAUGCAUUCAAGAACCAGGAUUUAUUUGCAGAUGGUGAAGCUUCUGCUCAGUUAUCUAAUGCUACCACAGAAAUGGCUAAUUUAUCUAACCAAGUAAACUCCCUGUCCAAGCAGGCAAGUAUAACUAAUGACAAAAAGUCAAGAGCGACCCAGGAGUUGAAACGUGUUACUGAGAUGAAAAAUUCCAUUCAAAUCAAAUUGAACAAUUUACGUUCUACCCAUGACCAAAAUGUUAAACAAACGGAACAACUGGAAGCACAAGUACUUCAAGUAAACAAAGAAAACGAAACAUUAGCGCAACAGUUGGCUGUAUCCGAAGCAAACUACCAUGCCGCUGAGUCCAAACUCAAUGAACUAACUACUGAUUUGCAAGAAUCUCAAACAAAGAACGCAGAAUUAAAAGAACAAAUUACGAAUUUGAACUCGAUGACAGCCUCCUUACAGUCACAAUUAAAUGAAAAACAACAACAGGUCAAGCAAGAAAGGUCAAUGGUAGAUGUUAAUUCAAAACAGCUAGAGUUGAAUCAAGUCACAGUAGCAAACUUGCAGAAGGAAAUCGAUGGUCUUGGCGAAAAGAUAAGCGUUUACUUAACUAAACAAAAGGAGUUAAAUGACUACCAAAAGACCGUGGAGGAGCAACACGCACAAUUACAAGCUAAAUACCAGGAUCUGUCCAACAAGGAUACUGAUUUAACGGACCGUGAAAAACAAUUGGAAGAACGUAACAGACAAAUUGAAGAACAAGAAAAUCUCUACCAUCAGCACGUUUCUAAAUUGCAAGAAAUGUUCGACGAUCUAUCACAGAGAAAAGCUUCUUUUGAAAAAGCUGAUCAAGAGUUAAAGGAGAGAAACAUCGAAUACGCUAACAAUGUGAGAGAGUUAUCCGAAAGACAAAUGAAUUUAGCUAUGGGACAAUUACCUGAGGAUGCUAAGGACAUUAUUGCGAAAAGCGCCUCUAAUACAGAUACAACAACCAAAGAAGCCACAUCAAGAGGAAAUGUUCACGAAGACACUGUAUCCAAAUUUGUCGAAACUACUGUUGAGAAUUCAAACUUGAAUGUUAAUCGGGUUAAAGACGAUGAAGAAAAGACAGAAAGAACCGAAAGUGACGUAUUUGAUAGAGACGUUCCAACUUUGGGAUCUCAAAGCGAUAGUGAAAAUGCCAAUACAAACAACGGCACCCAGUCAGGAAAUGAGACAGCAAAUCCAAACUUAACUGAAACAUUAAGUGAUAGGUUUGAUGGUGAUUUGAAUGAAUAUGGUAUUCCAAGAAGUCAAUCCUUGACAUCGUCUGUUGCAAACAAUGCUCCUCAAUCCGUAAGAGAUGAUGUUGAGCUACCGGAAACGUUGGAAGAACGUGACACCAUCAAUAAUACUGCGAAUAGAGAUAAUACUGGAAACUUAUCUCACAUUCCUGGUGAAUGGGAAGCUACCCCAGCUACCGCUUCUACUGAUGUUUUGAGCAACGAAACUACAGAAGUUAUUGAAGACGGAAGUACCACAAAAAGGGCUAAUUCAAAUGAAGACGGUGAGUCGGUCAGUUCUAUCCAAGAAUCUCCAAAAAUCUCUGCUCAACCAAAAGCAAAGACAAUAAAUGAAGAGUUUCCACCAAUUCAGGAAUUGCAUAUUGACGAAAGCGAUUCAUCCUCUUCAGACGAUGAUGAGUUUGAAGAUACCAGAGAAAUUCCAUCAGCAACAGUGAAGACCCUUCAAACUCCCUAUAAUGCCCAGCCCACAUCAAGUUUGGAAAUCCACACGGAACAAGUCAUAAAAUAUCCCGCUCCAGGCACUUCUCCUUCACAUAAUGAAGGUAACUCAAAAAAGGCAAGCACCAAUUCCAUUUUGCCUGUUAAGGACGAAUUUGAUGAUGAAUUCGCAGGGUUAGAACAAGCGGCUGUGGAGGAAGAUAAUGGUGCUGAUUCGGAAUCUGAAUUUGAGAAUGUUGCGAAUGCUGGGUCGAUGGAGCAAUUUGAAACCAUAGACCAUAAGGAUCUCGAUGACGAACUACAAAUGAACGCUUUUACAGGGACGUUAACUAGUUCCUCUAACCCAACUAUCCCAAAACCACAAGUACAACAACAGUCAACCAGUGACCCUGCUCAAGUAAGCAACGAUGAGUGGGACGAGAUUUUUGCUGGAUUUGGUAACUCCAAAGCUGAACCAACCAAAGUAGCUACCCCAAGCAUUCCACAACAACCAAUUCCAUUGAAGAAUGAUCCUAUCGUUGAUGCUAGCUUGUCAAAAGGUCCAAUAGUUAACCGCGGGGUUGCAACUACUCCAAAGUCUCUAGCCGUCGAGGAGUUAAGUGGCAUGGGAUUUACUGAAGAAGAAGCGCACAAUGCCUUGGAAAAGUGCAACUGGGAUCUAGAAGCCGCCACUAACUUUUUGUUGGAUAGUGCUUAG